AUCAUCCGUAGUACAAUCUGUUUAUGUUCUCCGCGCAUAGUCGUUUUCAUCCGUUUUAGCUUUCCUUUAGUCCGCGGCUUUUGUCUCUCCGACAUCGACCACUGCUCCUUCCUGAUAUUAGCAUGCCUUCACGCUGGUUUGCCCAAGGCGAGGUCGCCCCUGGUACUACCAUCCAGCUUAGAAAAGCCAAGUGGGUGAUCCACGAGAUAGCUAGUGAGCACUGCUUCCAGCUUAACGAGGACGAUCUGCGAGACAGACAUGACCCCUCCUUCGCCUGUACUCGUCUCAUCUGCGAAGCACGUGGACCGAAUGGGCCUGUUCAGGGUCAUAUGCGUUAUUAUAAGCAGAUUCCCAUUGAAGGAACGGAAGCCGAGCCUCCUAUCAUACGAGCCAAGCAAGCAGAAUCCUUUAGUCCACCGGAACUAGUGUACCUACGCACCUUGACCCAGAAGGGAUUAACCAUCACCCCCCGUCUGCUGGACAGCAAAGAAGACAAGCAGGAUAAUGCUGGCUUUGUUCCCGGUGGAUUCGUCAUUUGGGUUGUGUGGGCAGUGGUACCAGGACUCCAACUGGGUAAUGAUAUCGGCUCUGCACCAUUCUGGGGGUUGAGUCGGAAAGAACGGGAUGCAGUGCGUCAAGCAUUCAAAGACACUAUCAAUAAGCUUGACAACUGGGGACACUAACCUUACCCCGAACAAGCUAAGAACCUUGUUUGGGACUACCACGGGAAGUUUGUAUUAUGUUGGAUUUCUCCUCACCUGCAAGGCUAAUCCACGAGCUUUCUGGUCUCCCGCCAGAUGGGCAGGUUGG